UGUUAAAAAAAAAUAUAGAUAGAAUCUUGAGUUCUCGCGUCUUCCCCCACCUCUGUUUUCCUAUGUUUUCUUGUCUGUUAUUCAUACAGAAUCCAUCAUUUCAAUUAGUUCUCCUUUCAAGUUUCAGCACCGGGAAGCAUAGAGAGAAAAAGUAUGGAUCAGACGUUGCUUCCCAAGAGUACCACCGAGGAGAAGAGAUGGGCACUAACAUGGGAUGCUUUAGUGGAAGAGCUAAGAAGGGUGAGCUGUCUUGCAGCUCCAAUGACGGUGGUGUCUGUGACACUAUACCUACUCCAGGUUGUAUCAAUGAUAAUGGCAGGGCACCUGAGUGAAUUGUCGCUGUCUGGGGUUUCAAUGGCUACCUCUUUCACCAAUGUCACCGGCUUCAGUCUCCUGCAGGCUGGAUUCUCCGGAGGAUUAGAAACUCUAUGUGGCCAAACUUAUGGAGCAGAGCAAUACAAGAAGUUCGGAAGCUAUACUUACUGUGCAAUCAUCUCUCUCAUUGUAACAAGUAUCCCUGUGUCUGUUCUUUGGACUUUCAUGGACAGGUUAUUAAUAGCAGUAGGCAUAGACUCUGAAAUCUCAACUGUAGCCUGCAAGUAUGCGAUCUGGCUCAUUCCUGCAUUAUUUGCCUUCGCUAUUCUUCAACCACUACUUCGCUACUUCCAGACUCAGAGCUUGAUUUACCCAAUACUUGUAAGCACCUGUGCAGCUCUAUGUUUCCAUAUCCCUCUCUGUUGGGCUCUAGUAUAUAAAUGGGAACUAGGAAACAUUGGAGGAGCAUUGGCCAUUGGAGUGUCUUAUUGGUUAAAUGUUAUCUUGCUUGUACUUUACAUGGUGUUCUCUUCAUCCUGUGAGAAAACUAGGAGACUCUACUGGGAUGAUAUUUUCUCAAGCAUUAACAAGUUCUUUCGCUUCGCUUUCCCUUCUGCUGUAAUGAUUUGUCUUGAAUGGUGGACCUAUGAGCUAGUUAUAUUACUUGCUGGGCUUCUCCCGGAUCCAAAGCUUCAAACUUCAGUUCUUUCUAUUUGCCUCGCAACCACAACAUUGCACUUCUAUGUACAAUAUGGAAUUGCUGCCUCUGGAAGCACUCGGGUUUCAAACGAGUUAGGAGCUGGAAAUCCUCAGGCAGCACAAGUUGCUGUCCAGGUAGUAUUGAUCAUGUCUCUCGUGGAGGUCGUUACAGUGAGCCUGAUUCUCUUCUUCUUCCGUCACAUUUUUGGUUAUGCUUUCAGCAGCGAAAAGAGAGUUGUGGACUGUGUAGCUGAACUUGCUCCGCUGAUGUGUCUCUCAAUUAUCAUAGAAGGCUUACAGGCCGUACUUUCUGGGAUUGCCAGGGGAUGUGGGUGGCAGCAUAUAGGAGCAUUUAUCAACCUUGGAGCAUAUUAUCUCGUCGCAACUCCAGUAGCUGUUGUUCUUUGUUUUGUGCUGCAUCUUGGAAGCAGAGGACUUUGGAUGGGACUAUUAAUAGGAAAGACUGUUCAAGCCUUGUGUUUUUCUUCCAUAACUGCUUUGACAAAUUGGCAAAAACAGGCAACCGAGGCGAAGGAGACGAUUCUUGGGAGGUCACUUUUAGCUGAUAAUGGACUGGCUUGAAUUUCGAAGACAAUCAACAGAAAAUAAAAUAUGAAAAAACCAUUUACUUCUUUUCCCUUUUUUCAUAUCUCCAGAUAAAGCAAUUCAAUUGCCAUUUUUGCUUGUUCU